UGCAGUCUGUUUAGCCUUCUACCGCGGGGCAAAGCAGGGCAAAGCCGUGGUUGUGAACUACACCCCAGUGCCGCCCCGCCCCGCCUCCUUUUCUGCCUCCUCAGAGCGCGGGAUUUGGAAGGCGCCAGAAGAGACGGGGCGGGAAUUCUGCGGUCGCAGACGGAGGCAGGCUGAGCCGGUGUGCAGGCGCCCAGCGCGGAGAGCGGACGCGGACCGCAGGUUUCUUCUGUGUUGCAUCACCUCAGAUUCACACUUCAAUUUCAAUUUUGUUACCAGGAUGGGAAUCCAUGGUUUGGCCAAACUGAUUGCAGAUAUAGCUCCUGCUGCCAUUCGAGAGAAUGACAUUAAGAGUUAUUUCGGCCGGAAGGUGGCCAUUGAUGCGUCUAUGAGUAUUUACCAGUUCCUGAUUGCUGUACGGCAGGGAGCUGACAUGUUGCAGAAUGAAGAAGGUGAAACCACGAGCCACCUAAUGGGUAUGUUCUACCGCACCAUUCGCAUGUUAGAAAAUGGCAUCAAGCCUGCCUAUGUCUUUGAUGGCAAAGCCCCGCAAUUGAAAUCAGGUGAAUUGGCUAAGCGCACUGAGCGCCGAACUGAGGCAGAGAAGCAGCUACAAGAAGCCAAAGAGGCAGGUGAGGAAGAAAAUAUAGAAAAGUUUAGCAAGAGGUUAGUUAAGGUGACCAAACAGCAUAACGAUGAGUGCAAGAAACUGCUGGCCUUGAUGGGUGUCCCCUAUGUAGAUGCACCUGGUGAAGCAGAAGCUAGCUGUGCAGCCCUGGUGAAAGCUAACAAGGUCUAUGCAGCUGCUACUGAGGAUAUGGACUGCUUGACCUUUGGUAGCCCUGUGCUAAUGCGGCAUCUUACAGCCAGUGAGGCAAAGAAACUGCCUAUUCAGGAAUUCCACCUAAGUCGUGUCCUUCAGGAUAUGAACGUGACUUAUAAGGAGUUUGUGGAUCUUUGCAUAUUGCUAGGUUGUGACUACUGUGAGAGCAUCCGUGGUAUUGGACCCAAGCGUGCCAUGGAGCUUAUCAAGCAGCACAAAAGCAUAGAAAAGAUUGUUCAGCAAAUAGAUACCAAGAAAUACUCUGUGCCUGAGAAUUGGCUGCACAAAGAGGCCCAACAGCUCUUCUUGGAGCCUGAGGUUAUAGACCCAGAAACUGUGGAACUGAAAUGGAGUGAGCCAGAUGAGGACGGACUUGUUGGCUUCUUGUGUGGAGAGAAGCAGUUCAAUGAAGAAAGAAUCCGUAAUGGGAUCAAGAGACUAAAUAAGAGUCGUCAGGGUAGCACACAGGGCCGACUAGAUGACUUCUUUAAAGUUACUGGCUCCAUCACUUCAGCCAAGCGCAAAGAACCAGAACCCAAGGGCUCUGCUAAGAAGAAAGCAAAGGGUAGUGGUGCAGCAACAUCAAAGUUUAAAAGAGGGAAAUAAACCUCUUUUCUAGAACUGGAUCAGUUCCAUUCCACUCUAGAUCCUCUUGGAACACAAUAUAUUAAACAGCAAAUGUUGGACCUUGAUGUAACAUACUUUUGCUCUAUGAGAAAACAUGGCACACCUAUUUUCAGUCCUUCAGCUCAGCCUAAACUGAUGAAUGCAGGACGCUGCUUUCGAUGACAAGAUGUCUGACACUGCUAAUCAAUGGCUACAGACUGAAGGCUGGUACUAUUGCCAAAUGACCCAAAGAGUGUUGCUUUUGCCACCUUGACUGCUGUGAACUAUGAAUUGAACUUCAUUAGCUGUACCAUGCUGGAAUGGGUUUAGCUUCAAGUUGUAGCUUCCAAUAAAUAUAGUAAAUCUAAAUAAAUGCAAUAAAUAUAGCA